AAGAAACUCCAAAAAAAAAAAAACUCCCAAAUUUUGAAUUGGAAGUGGAGAGUGGCAGUGUCGAAUGGCGUCGAGCUUGCAGAAGAUGGAAGGGGACGAAUCCGUUCUCUUACGCGUCACUCAUUCUAAUCUCAAGACUUUCACCGCUGACAUCCGCUUCUCGCUUCAGCUGUCGGUGGAAGCCGUGAAAGACAAGCUCUGGAAAAAAUGCGGUACUUCCGUAAACUCCAUGCAUCUCGAGCUAUACGACGACGUUCGCAACAAAAUUGCUGAUCUCACUGAUAAUUCCAAACCCCUUGGAUUCUAUUCGCCUCUUGAAGGGUUUCGUUUGCAUGUUGUAGAUCUUGAUCCAUCAUCUGUCACAUCUGGUGGUUGGUUAGAAGAUACUUCCUUGGUGGAAAAAUACAAAAUUUCUGAAGAAGCCUAUAAACAGCGAGAAGGCACAUUCAGAAAAUAUAAAGAGAAAUUGACUUCCCAAAUUCCGUCAACUGUUGAGGCAAACGCAUUCAUUACACAGAUACCUGACAACUACAUGGAAGACCCCUGUGCUAAUAUCAAGGUAGGAUCCAGAUGUGAAGUUGAACCUGGGGAAAAAAGGGGUGUUGUAAAAUUUGUUGGUCGGGCAGAACCACUAGGUCCUGGUUUCUGGGUUGGAGUACAAUAUGAUGAACCCUUGGGCAAACAUGAUGGCAUGGUCAAAGGAGUACGUUACUUUGAAUGCCCUCCAUCUCAUGGUGGAAUGGUUAGGCCAGUGAAAGUGAAGGUUGGUGACUACCCUGAACGAGAUCCCUUUGAAGAGGAUGAAAUAUGAGUCUUCAUGAGGAAGCUUCUUUCAAUGUGCAAGGUUUCACUCUGUAAAAGUCAAAUAUUAAUUUGUGAAACUUAUAUUUGUUGGUGUUUCUAGGCAGUGAACACGUAAAGUUUAAAAAAGGGUUUCAAUUGCGGUUUCUGAGUGUUCGUAUUACUGUGUGUGUGGGUAAAAAGAAAUGAUGAUACAAUGUGAAAAACAAAAGUUGGAAGCUCAUUUCGAUGAUAAAUCGAGAAAACAACAAAGUUGAA